AUAUUAGGUUCCAUACUGACUAAUGAAAAAAUCAAUCUUAAUUUUUUCUUUCCUAAAAAAAUGUCUUUACUAAAAAUAAAAUUAUCAUUUAGUGGUGGAAUAGAAUUAUUAUUCGAUAAUAUUAAACAAAAAAGUGUAGAAAUACCAUCGUCGAUUAAUCCACCAAAUUCCACUACAAUGAAAGAUUUGAUAUCAUGGAUGAAAGAUAACUUAUUAAAAGAACGCCCAGAAUUAUUUAUGAGUGGAGAUACAGUUCGCCCGGGUAUAUUAGUAUUAAUAAAUGAUUCUGAUUGGGAGUUAGAAGGAGAAUUAGAAUAUGAAAUUAAAGAUGGAGAUGAUAUAGUAUUUAUAUCUACAUUACAUGGUGGAUAAGAAAAUUAUUUAAUGAAAAAUGAUAUAUGAUUAUUUAGAAAAGAAUUUUUUAAAACAAACUAGAUGUGUGCAUUUUUAGCGUUCUAAAUAAAAUACGCAAUUGAAUCU